AUGCUUCCAUCAGCAAAAGCCAGAGAAUGGCAACAGCUUCAAUCGAAAAAGUUCUCAGAAAAGCGCAAGUUUGGCUUUGUGGAAACACAGAAAGAUGAAAUGCCACCCGAACACGUUCGCAAAAUCAUCAGGGAUCAUGGAGAUAUGACUAAUAGAAAGUUCCGACAUGAUAAGCGCGUGUACCUUGGUGCUUUGAAAUACAUGCCACACGCAGUACUGAAACUUUUGGAAAAUAUGCCGAUGCCAUGGGAGCAGAUUCGUGAUGUCAAAGUAUUAUAUCACAUCACUGGUGCAAUUACCUUUGUCAAUGAAAUUCCAUGGGUUGUGGAGCCGAUUUACGUCGCCCAGUGGGGAAGCAUGUGGAUCAUGAUGCGUCGAGAAAAGAGAGAUCGGCGACAUUUCAAACGUAUGAGGUUCCCACCGUUUGACGACGAAGAGCCACCGCUCGACUAUGCUGAUAAUAUACUUGAUGUGGAACCACUGGAGCCAAUACAACUGGAAUUAGACACCGAAGAAGAUGUUGCAAUCAUCGAGUGGUUUUAUGACAGAAACCCUUUAGCAGACUCUAAACAUAUCAACGGGAUAACAUACCGACGAUGGAACCUGCCACUAAACAUUAUGUCCAAUCUUUAUCGUCUGGCUAAUGCUCUGCUAACAGAUCUUGUUGAUGAAAAUUAUUUUUAUCUGUUCGACCUCAAGUCAUUCUUCACAGCUAAGGCAUUGAAUGUUGCCCUUCCUGGAGGUCCUAAGUUUGAACCAUUGGUUAAGGAUAAAACUUUAGAGGAUGAGGACUGGAAUGAAUUCAACGAUAUUAACAAGAUUAUAAUUCGUCAACCUAUUCGUACUGAAUAUCGAAUAGCGUUUCCAUAUCUGUAUAACAGUUAUCCUUUUCAAGUUCAUUUAUCCUGGUAUCAUACUCCUAACGUUCUUUUCAUUAAAACUGAAGAUCCUGACCUCCCAGCAUUUUACUUUGACCCUCUAAUUAACCCCAUAUCCCAGAGACAAGGUGUGAAGGCCCCAGAGUUGCAACCAGUUGAUGAUGAAACAUACGAACUCCCGGAAGAAGUCCAACCAUUCUUCAAUGAAACCCCUUUGUAUACUGACAAUACAGCUAAUGGAAUCGCUCUUUUAUGGGCUCCAAGGCCGUUUUGUUUAAGAUCAGGAUCUACUAGACGAGCUCUUGACAUUCCUCUUGUUAAAGCCUGGUACAGGGAACACUGUCCUGCAGGUAUGCCCGUAAAGGUUCGUGUCUCUUACCAAAAAUUGUUGAAAUACUUCGUUCUAAAUGCUUUACAUCAUCGUCGUCCAAAACCUCAGAAGAAGCGUUACUUGUUUCGUUCUUUCAAGGCCACUAAAUUCUUUCAAAUCACCAGUUUGGAUUGGGUUGAAGUUGGACUUCAGGUUUGUCGUCAGGGCUACAACAUGCUCAACCUUCUUAUUCAUCGGAAAAAUCUCAACUACUUACAUCUGGAUUAUAACUUCAACUUGAAGCCAGUGAAAACUUUAACUACGAAAGAAAGAAAGAAAUCACGAUUUGGUAAUGCCUUUCAUCUUUGCCGAGAAAUACUGCGUCUAACAAAGCUUGUUGUGGAUAGUCAUGUUCAGUACCGUCUGGGUAACGUCGACGCAUUCCAGUUGGCAGAUGGACUUCAGUAUAUAUUUUCACAUGUCGGACAACUAACGGGAAUGUACCGUUACAAAUACAAGCUUAUGCGCCAAAUCAGAAUGUGUAAAGAUCUCAAACACGUAAUAUACUAUCGUUUCAACACUGGACCAGUUGGUAAAGGACCAGGUGUGGGAUUUUGGGCACCCGGUUGGAGGGUGUGGCUGUUUUUCAUGCGUGGCAUAACCCCAUUACUCGAACGUUGGUUGGGAAAUCUUUUAUCGCGGCAAUUUGAAGGAAGACAUUCUAAAGGCGUUGCUAAAACAGUUACCAAACAAAGAGUCGAGUCUCACUAUGAUUUGGAAUUACGUGCCGCUGUUAUGCAUGAUAUACUGGACAUGAUGCCUGAAGGCAUUAAGCAGAACAAGGCUAGGACCAUUUUGCAGCACCUAGGGGAGGCCUGGCGUUGUUGGAAAGCUAAUAUUCCGUGGAAAGUCCCAAACAUGCCUAUUCCUAUUGAGAAUAUGAUUUUGCGUUAUGUCAAAGCGAAAGCUGAUUGGUGGACUAAUACAGCCCACUAUAAUCGGGAACGUAUACGGCGUGGUGCAACAGUUGAUAAAACUGUUUGUAAAAAGAAUCUAGGUCGCUUGACUAGACUUUAUCUCAAAGCAGAACAAGAACGACAACACAACUAUCUAAAGGAUGGUCCUUAUGUAACUGCCGAGGAGGCUGUCGCUAUUUACACAACAACUGUGCAUUGGUUGGAAAGCCGACGUUUUUCACCUAUUCCAUUCCCACCGCUGAGUUACAAACACGAUACUAAACUACUCAUCCUCGCCCUCGAACGUCUUCGAGAAUCAUAUAGUGUGAAAAACAGGUUGAAUCAGUCUCAGCGUGAAGAAUUGGGUCUAAUUGAACAAGCCUACGAUAACCCACAUGAAGCUCUCAGUCGUAUCAAACGUCAUUUACUCACCCAGAGAGCUUUUAAAGAAGUUGGGAUUGAAUUCAUGGAUCUUUACAGCCAUUUGGUACCUGUUUAUGAUGUUGAGCCUUUGGAAAAAAUAACGGAUGCUUAUUUGGAUCAAUAUUUAUGGUAUGAAGCGGACAAACGUCGUCUGUUCCCUCCUUGGAUUAAGCCGGCUGAUUUGGAACCCCCACCCUUACUAGUUUACAAAUGGUGUCAGGGUAUCAAUAAUCUAAAGGAUGUCUGGGAAACUGGUGAAGGUGAAUGUAACGUCUUACUAGAGACAAAAUUCGAAAAAGUUUACGAAAAGAUUGAUCUGACGCUGCUUAAUCGUCUCUUGAGAUUGAUUGUUGAUCACAAUAUUGCGGAUUAUAUGACAGCGAAAAAUAACGUUGUGAUAAAUUACAAAGACAUGAACCAUACAAACAGUUACGGAAUUAUUCGAGGUCUACAGUUCUCAUCUUUCAUCACACAGUACUAUGGUCUUGUCCUUGACUUGCUAGUUUUGGGCCUGGAGCGUGCAGCUGAAAUGUGUGGACCUCCACAAAUGCCCAAUGACUUUCUGCAGUUUCAGGAUACUGCAACGGAAAUUGCACAUCCCAUCCGACUGUACUGUCGUUACGUGGAUCGCUUUUGGAUGUUCUUCCGUUUUUCAGCGGACGAAGCACGUGACCUUAUCCAACGUUAUUUAACAGAACAUCCAGACCCAAACAAUGAAAAUAUUGUGGGUUAUAACAACAAAAAGUGCUGGCCACGUGAUAGCAGAAUGAGGCUAAUGAAACACGACGUAAAUCUCGGUCGUGCUGUCUUUUGGGACAUCAAAAACCGUCUACCAAGAUCUGUCACAACAGUUGAUUGGGAUAGCAGCUUCGUUUCAGUUUAUAGCAAAGACAAUCCGAAUUUAUUGUUUGCUAUGUGUGGGUUCGAAUGUCGUAUUCUACCAUCUUGUCGUUCACCUGGUCAAGCUGCAGAUGCAAAUCUUCCAAGUGGUGUUUGGCAUCUACAAAACGAGGUGACCAAAGAACGUACUGCACAGUGUUUCCUCCGUGUUGAUGAUGAAUCAAUGCAGCGGUUCCACAAUCGAGUCAGACAAAUUUUGAUGGCUUCAGGAUCGACAACAUUUACAAAAAUAGUGAAUAAAUGGAACACUGCUCUCAUUGGUUUAAUGACCUACUACAGAGAAGCAGCAGUGAGUACUGUGGCACUAUUAGAUUUGCUGGUAAAAUGCGAAAACAAAAUACAAACACGUAUCAAAAUUGGAUUAAAUUCAAAAAUGCCGGCUCGUUUUCCUCCAGUAGUAUUUUAUACACCAAAGGAACUUGGUGGCUUAGGUAUGCUAAGUAUGGGACAUGUUCUAAUUCCUCAGUCCGAUUUACGAUGGUCAAAACAAACUGAUGUGGGUAUAACACAUUUUCGUUCUGGCAUGAGUCAUGAUGAGGACCAGGUUAUUCCUAAUUUGUUUUCAUAUAUUUUAUCAUGGGAAACAGAGUUCCGUGACUCACAGAGUGUUUGGGCGGAGUAUGCACUAAAACGACAGGAAGCAAAUGCUCAGAAUCGGCGCUUAACAUUAGAGGAUCUUGAAGACAGCUGGGAUCGAGGUAUUCCGCGAAUCAAUACUCUCUUCCAAAAAGACAGACAUACACUGGCAUAUGACAAAGGAUGGCGCGUUCGUACGGAGUUUAAACAAUAUCAAGUUCUCAAACAAAAUCCAUUUUGGUGGACGCAUCAGAGGCACGAUGGAAAAUUGUGGAAUUUGAAUAACUACCGUACCGACAUGAUCCAAGCAUUAGGUGGUGUCGAGGGCAUUCUGGAGCACACAUUAUUCAAAGGAACAUAUUUUCCUACUUGGGAGGGUCUUUUUUGGGAGAAAGCCAGCGGUUUUGAAGAGUCAAUGAAGUAUAAAAAGCUAACUAAUGCACAACGGUCGGGUUGA